AUCGAAGCCAAAGCCCGUCUGGAAACAGUUUGCAAGGGGUAGUUUAAAGAAGAUUAAGCCGAAACAAAAUAUCGUUUUUAGCUACUUUAAGUUGACCUCACAAGGCUCCAGUUUUGAUUCCUGGGCAUACAAAUCUUCAUUUCAGACCAUGGUCACAAAAUAAAAAUUUUACAAGGACGUUUUCGAGAAGAUUUUAAGCUGUAUGUGUCGAUUGUUGGUGUUCAGGAAUUAGCAAGCUAGUUAGCACUAGCCUAGAAAUAUUAGCUAGCUAACUAGCCUAGCUUGCUAACGUUAGCUUCAAGUAGUCUGAUUUUCAACUGAGAUGUUUGCAGUAUUUCUUGGAUGUCUACGGACGGCAGAUUGCUGAACCAGAGGGCCUCAAAUGGGAAAAACAAGCAUCGGACAGGAAUAUCGGGGAUAAACUUCUCGACGUAACUCAGAUUCCGUUGAAGGAUUCUUUGGACUUCCCUACUGCAGCCCUUUUUUAAAGCAGGAUUUUAACGUCACCCAUCCGCAGACAGCCAUGGAAUCGUCUCAAUGCACCCCUUGUCCUGUGAGCGCCCAGGCUGUCGUGGAUCCCGUGCCCCUGCUGUUCAACUGACGGUCGAUGACGAUGCGAUGGAAGCGUGAAUGAGGUUUGGCGUGGCGAUAGCUGAACGAUGCCCAAGGGUGGGGGUUCAAAAACCCCCCAGCUGGAAGACUUCCCACUCAACACUGACAUGGUGGAGAAGCAGAGUGGGAAGAAGGAUAAAGUAUUGUCAAACAAGACUCCUAAAUUGGACCGCAGCGAUGGCGUCAAAGAGAUGAAAGAGAAGGCAUCCAAGAGGAAGCUUCCCUUCACUGUUGGAGCCAAUGGAGACCAGAAAGAUUCUGACUCAGAAAAGCAAGGUCCGGAACGGAAGCGCAUUAAAAAGGAGCCCACCAACACCAGGAAGUCAGGCCUGCCGUUUGGGAUGGGCAUGCCAGGGAUCCGGGCCGGGUACCCCCUCUCUGAGCGGCAGCAGGUGGCUCUUCUCAUGCAGAUGACGGCUGAAGAGUCAGUCAACAGUCCAGACACAACACCAAAGCAUCAGUCACAGUCAAGUCUGGGCCAGAAGGGAACGCCAAACUCUGCAUCUAAAACCAAAGACAAAGUAAACAAGAGAAAUGAGAGGGGCGAGACGAGGCUGCACCGGUCAGCCAUCCGUGGAGAGGCACGCCGCAUCAAGGAGCUCAUCAGUGAGGGAGCGGACGUGAAUGUAAAAGACUUCGCAGGCUGGACUGCACUGCAUGAAGCGUGCAACCGAGGCUACUACGACGUGGCCAAGCAGCUGCUGGCAGCCGGUGCAGAGGUCAACACCAAGGGCCUGGACGACGACACCCCUCUGCAUGACGCAUCAAACAACGGGCACUUCAAGGUGGUAAAGUUGCUUUUAAGAUAUGGAGGGGACCCUCGACAAAGCAACAGAAGGGGUGAAACCGCGUUGAAGGUUGCGAACUCCCCAACGAUGCUCAAUCUGUUGCUUGGAAAAGGCACGUAUACCUCCAGUGAGGAGAGCUCGUCAGAAUCCUCAGAGGAAGAAGAUGCCCCAUCGUUUGCCCCAUCCAGUUCGGUGGAUGGCAAUAACACAGACUCAGAGUUUGAGAAGGGCCUGAAGCUGAAAGGGAAGAAAGGGCUGGAUCAGCCCCUAUCCACAACAACCACCCCCGUCAAGGACGAGUAUGAGUUUGACGAGGACGAUGAGGAAGAGCGCGUCCCUCCGGUGGACGACAAGCACUUGCUCAAGAAAGAGUUCCGCAAGGAGUCUCCCAGUGUCACUAAGGCUGGCGGCUUAAUUUCAGUACCGAAGGGGGAGGUGGUCAAAACCUAUUCCAAAAGCAACUCGCUCACACCAAAGAAGGCUGUUAGACGGAUUCUCUCUGACAGCUCAGACGAGGAUGAUGGGACGUUGUGUUUCACACCUAUGCCCACACCACGGCAACCAGCGCCACCUACUAAUACCAAGGCCCGGGACUCUGCUACACUGAGCUCUAAACAGCAGAAAGAGAAGACUAAAGUUAAGAAGAAGCGGAAGAAGGAGACAAAGAAUAAUGUCAGUAAGGAGGUCAGAUUUGGUAAAGUCAAUGACAAAUUCUGCACUUCUGACUCUGAUUGUGGGGACAUAGGGAGUGAGGAUGAUGAAGGCUCUAUGAAGAGCUCGAACUGUAUAAAGGACUCCACAAUGAGCCUAAAAGAAUCCUCUGCGUUCAGUACUCACUCUGCAUCCUCUUCCUCCUCUUCUCAUGGAAGCAUGAGCUCUCAAAAACUGACACCCUCGCUGACAGAGCAUAACCCAAAGCAGUGGAGGACAGACGGCUGGAAGACUGUGUCAUCACCUGUAUGGUCAGAUGUAAGCUCCCUCUCUGACUCGGUUAGAACGAGGCUUUCCAGUGAGUCGGACUACUCCUCUGCCGACUCGAGUGUCGAGUCAGUGAAACAGGUGAAAAAGAAAGCACAGGAAAACAGAAAGAAAAACAAUGUGCACACCAAUGCACUAGACAAAAAGAACUCUGACUUUCACAAGAACUCCAACACAGAUAGUACGGUCUCCAAAACGGAUAAAGAUGGCAAAGUGUUGAAAAAGCAUAAAGUCAAACACAAGCACAAAAACAAAGAGAAAGAAAAGGCUCCCAGUUUAGUGCUCAAUCAAGACAUGAACGAGAAAUUUGUUAAAAGCUUCUCGUUUGAUUUUGAUGAUUCAAGGCAAAAGUCACUCCUUGUUGAGACGGAGUCCCCAGCUGAAAGCAAGGUCAAGUUGUCUAAACAUGAAAAAGAGCAUUUGAAAAAGGAGGACAGGUUGUCGAAAGGCAAAUCUGAGGACAGAGACUGGUCUUCUGGAAAAGAGGUGCAAAGAACUGCUAAAGAGGAGAAAUCCAAGAAAACAAGAGAGUCCACCAAGGAGAAGCCAAGCAAGGAGGAGAGGGAAAAGCCCUUGAAAACUGAAAAAGAAAAGAGCCUCAAGGAAAAAGAGAAGCCCAAGGAGGAGAAACAACAAAAGACUCAUAAAGAGGAGAAGAAGAAAAAGUCAAAGGACAAGUCAUCUAAACCAGACAGGAAGAGCAGUGAGCAAAAAGAAGAAAAACAUAUUAAGGUGGAUAAGGAGAAAAAUGCCAGGGAGGAGAAGGAAAAAUCUAAGAAAGAAAAGGUUCUGAAGGAAGAGCCUGAUUAUGAAGUCUAUGAUGUCAGUAACCGUUUCUUAAACCUAGAAGACACCAAGCUCAGUGCCUCAGACGACCACCACGACCGAUGGGCGUCAGACCUUUCCUCUGACUGCGACCUAUAUGGAGAUGACAGCUGGGAUGCUCCUCCUGUGAAGGACUACAAAGAAUAUAAAGCAAACAACACUGUAAAGCUGAUCGUUGAGACUGAAAAAAUAGAGAGCAGAGACCGGAGGAAGGAGAACAAAAUCAAAGACAAGAAAUUAGAUCAUAAUGACAAACGGUCAGAGAAAGAGCCUACCUCCAAGAAGAAAGAGAAAGACUCUUCAGAAAGAAUCUGUGACAAGAAAAAGGAUUUGACCGAAAAACAGAAACUCAACUCCAGCCACUCUGUGGAAAAGGAGAAGAAACGAAAGGAAUCUGCAGAUACUGUCAAAGAGAAGAAAGAGAAGGACUCCACGGACAGCAGUAGAGACCGAAAAGAUUCCUAUGAGUUCACUAAAGAAAGAAAGGACUUGAAAAUCAAACAGGAGUCUAUAAGAGACGAUUAUGGGAAUGAGGCCUCCUUCAAAGAAAUUGAACCUGUCAGCAAACCAUGUGAAAUUAGAGAAAGGAACCACUCUGGAAAAGAGAAGGAGAGAAAGGGAGAUGGGGUGGAAAAGAGAGAAAAGACUAAAGCUGACAAACACAAGGAAAAGCCUAAAGACCGAUCUAUAGAACAGGAUAAGGAGAAGCCUGAGAGGACCUCAACUGAGAAGCUUUUGAAAGAAAAAGACACAGAUAGAGGCUCUAAAGACAAGAAGGAGGGAGCUAAAGACAAACACAAAGACACACACAGCAAAGACAAGGACAGGAAGGUGUCUUCAGAACAAACUAAGGACAAGAAAGAAAAGGCUUCGCAGGACAAGCAUGCUGACCGGGAUAAAGAUGUCCUUGAGGUGAAGAAGGAGGAGCGAAAACCUGAGAAAGUUAAACCUGAGAAAACAUGGUACAAGAUCGCAGACAUUUUCACAGAUGAAAGUGAGGAUGAAGAAGACAAUUACAAUGGGGGUGUGGCCAAGUUAAGUGAUUCCCUUGGGUUGUCCGAUUCUCACAGGAAAGACUCCACAUCUGACAGGGAUGAGCUUGAUCACUUCCAAACUGAAAAACCCAGAAAAUAUUCUGCUGAGGCCAAACACACAGCAGAAAAACAGAAAGAAAAAGACCACAAGAAAAAAGACAAGACCACAUUUGAUAUGGGGAAAGAGAGGAAGGGUUCCUUAGAGAAACACAACAAAGAUAAGAAAGUAAAGGAUUCUGUUGAUGCAAAACACAAAGAACGCAAAGACAGAAUGUCUGUGGACUCAAACCAAGAGAAGAAAAACAAGCAGAAGCUGUUAGACAAGAGGGACGCCAAUGAGGAAAAGACCAAGAGUAAAUAUAAAGACAAGCAAGAUCAUGUUAACGACAGAAAGCCCUCAAAGGGGAGUGGGGAAAAUGAAAAGUCGCUCUUGGAGAAACUGGAGGAAGAGGCCAUGAAUGACUACAAGGAUGACUCCAAUGACAAGAACAGUGAGUUAUCCUCAGACAGCUUCACUGAUCAGGUUCAUGAGCCAGUGCUCAGCAGCUACUAUGAUUCCUCCAACAUCAGCCUUCCAGACAUUACUGAUGAGAGACGAGACUCACUCUCCAUAUCUAAUCCUCAAGACAAGUUCAGAGAGAAAGAGAGGCACCGGCAUUCAUCUUCGUCAUCCUCCAAAAAGAGUCAUGACAAGGAGAAGGACAAAGUCAAGAAGGAAAAAGGGGAUAAACAAGACAAGAUAGAGGAAAUAAGAGAAUCCUAUGGACGCAGAGAAAGUCUGCCCUUCGAGAAAGAGCCUAUGCCAUUAGAAGCGGACCCUUACACAUUUCCAUUUGGGUCUAAGGGUGAUAAAGAUGAUUUUGAGAAGACAUUGGAGUUUGAAAAGGAGAUGUCUAAAAAAGCUGACAAAGACAAACUGAGUACUGUCAUCAGUGAUAAGAUCAAGGACAAAAAGAAAAAAGAGAAACAUAAGGAGAAAGUCAAAGAGGAGAAGCACAAGUACACGGAUGGCUUUGGAUCCCUUAAACACUCCAAGGAGGAGAUCAAAUCUGGAUUGAAAGAGAGUCCUCAAAUUACCAAUUUGAAGGAAAGAUCAAAGGAAGACAGUCCCAAAUUUGAUGUGAAAAAAGAGAGAAACCGAGACUCUUUGGACAAAGACAGUAGGGUGGACCAUGUUAAGUCCAAGGUUAAAGAAGAAAAUGAAAAAGUAAUUCAGUCUAAAGACACAGCUCGCAAAGACAACCGUCCACGUUCAAAGCUUCUGGUUGAUGGGGAUCUCAAACUAACCAGCUUUGGGCAAAUGUUAGGUUUAAAAGACCAGGAGAUUGAAGAACGCCAUAAGAAGCAUAAGGAGAGGAUGAAGCAGAUGGAGAAACUAAGACACAGAUCAGGGGAUCCUAAACUUAGGGAUAAAACGAAGUCCACUGAGGAAAUAAAGAAAAAUCGCAAUGAACUGUCAUCCAAAAAUCAUAGUUUAGAAUCUGCAUUGAAAGAGAAGAAGCUCAAAGAUGUUGGUCUCCCAGCCCAAAUUAUGUCUCCAGAAAGAAAGCCACAACCCAUUGACACUCAAAAUUCAAAGGACUGGCUUGCAGGCCAUCAGAUGAAAGAAAAUCUCCCUGCCUCACCUCGGCAAGAUCAGAAUAGACCAACGGGUGUUCCCACCCCCACAUCUGUAAUCUCUUGUCCCAGCUAUGAGGAAAUCAUGCAGACGCCACGGACUCCAUCCUGCAGUGCAGAGGACUACCCUGAUAUAAUGUUUGAUGGGUUAGAUUGUCAGAACUCAUCAGCCAUGGCCAUGUCUAUGAAUGCCUGCUCCCCAUCCUUCUUUGACAGGUACUCCAACUCAUCACACACCUUCCAAGAAGGGACUUGUAUAACUCCGGCUAAGAAUCUCCAGUUGCCCCUUGUCAGUCGAUCGGCUUCGUCUGAUGUUAGAAGACCCCUGGAAGAGGAGUUCAAAGCUGAAGCUGGCAAGUUUCUACAACACAUUUUGCCAGACGCCUCUGAGUUUGACUUGGCAGCCUCCCAGCCUCCAGAAGACAAGGCAGCAUCAGUGGAAAGACUUGAAUGCCUGUCUCCUCCUUACUUCUCACCUAUUAGGAUGCUGUCUCCCGGGCUGGAACUUGCCCAGCCUGCACUAGAUGGGGCCACCACAGCAAUGGCUGGCACAGAGACCUGUGAACACCUACCUGAGAUUGUCUACAAUAACUUCCUGAUGAAGCCCUCAACGCCAGUCCACAGACCUGACCCCCAGGAGCCAUGUCUGGACAUUGCUGCUCCACCCACCCCUGCACCUGCUGCUCUUCCUCCCCUGGAUAUUGAUGACCUUUCUGAGCCUCAUCAAAGUGAGCACAGUCUUGUUCCCUCUGACCCAGUCAGUGGCAGUGAGUAUCUGCCCCCUGUUGUUGAGGAGGAGGAGGAGGAGGAGGAAGAAGAGGACUACGAAGAGGGGGAGGAGGAAGAAGAUGAAGAAGAAGAGGAGGAAGAGGAAGGGGACCUUGAAGAACCAACAGAUGCUGAUCAUCAUGCUGCUGAGGAGACGAGGGACGUCUGCUCAUUCUCUCCUCCAAGGGUUGAAGAGCCUUUGAGGAAGGGCUGGGCUGAAUCUCCUGAGAGAAGAGUUGCAGAGGUGCAUCAGUUGACUCCCCCACAUCCACUACCCAACCUGGUGGAGAACUCCAGUGAUCAUACCAUCAGCUGGAACUCUGAGAUGAUUUUGAAAUCUCCUCAAAGGACUUAUGGGGAAAUAGAGGCAGCGGUCUCCAAGAUAACCAGCCCCUUCUCGCAUUCAGACAGUGAUUUGCAGAACAUUACUGCCAUACCUGGCCAUCCAUCAGUGACCCCUCCAUAUGCUGCUUACAGGUCUUAUGUGCCUGACCCUGACUUUGAUGAGCAAAAAGAGGCUGUGGAGGACAUUCCAAUUUCUCCAGCAAGACCUGAAAUGACACCUAUGGAAUUGGAACCAAACUACUUGACAACCACCUCAUCCUCCACAAGGUUAGAGUCUUUCUUCACAGACUGCAAGCCAAACUUGGAGGAUAAUCACCAGAUGGACUCAGAGCUUUCUUGUGCAGUACAAGAUGGCAGACAAAACUCCCAUGGCUUUACUUCUGAGAGCCAUAUGCCUCUAGCAGUAAGCAACGAGCCAGUGGUGCCCUGGACAGACCCGUUCUCAGCUACAGUGGAUGAGCUUGAUGAUCUUGGCCCUUUCUCUCUACCUGACCUCCCUUCUCUCUCCCUCCCGACCUCCCUGCCAGACAAGGAGAUGCCAGAGCUUGAUGUCAGAGAUGCAGAGCCAGCCGACUACAAGCCUCCACCUGCUCAUAUAAGGCCUCCUGCUAUUGAAACAAUAGAGGGUGAAGAGCUUAUGGAAGUUGACCUGCCUAUCCUGGCCAAACCCCUGUGCCCUCCCGAGGUCCUACCACUCAAUGAUUCUUUGCAGGAUUUGGUUGUGCCCUCACCAAAACACAAUUUCCAACCAGAAUUUGAGUCUGAGCCUCAGAAUGUCCCUGAAAAUAACUUUGUGAAACCACAGGUCUUUGAAAACAGAGCCACAUAUGAAGAGACUGAUGAGAGUGAUGGAAACAUGAUGUUCUCAGCUGUCAAUACAAACAAUACUCAGCAUCACAGGCAGAUGUCACUGACUGAGUCAUUAUCAGUUGUAAUUACUCCAUGUAUGGACUCCUUGACAACUGUUAAACCAGAACAAAGUGGGCAGAUAUCAGAUCCCUUUGUUGGGCCAACUUGCAGUCCAGUCCCCUCAGUUCCUCUGCCAGUUGCUGUCACGAUUUCUGGUACAGUCCAUGUUUCGGAGGCUCUUGAGACAACAUCUAAGCUCACGGUCACUCUGACAACAUUGUCAACUGACCUUCCCAAGAAGGUGGAGGAGGUCCCACAGAGGAUGACCAGAAACAGGGCCCAGAUGCUGGCAAAACAGGAGAAUACCACCACCACCACAAAAAAGCAGAGUAGUAGAGUAGUAGCAGAGAGUACAACCACCACCACUAUACCUGCUAGCGUGAUACCUCCAUCUGUCCCUACCCCUGUCACCAUGAGCAUGGCUGUAACCACAACCACCCCUAUUCCCACCCCUACUUUUGUCCCCUUUGUUGUUCUGGAGAAAGAAAAGGAACUUGUCACCACCAUCUCCACCACAGCAGCCAUUACCCCGACUCCUCCGCCGCCGCCUCCUGUAGUGGUCAGCAAAACUAAAGGGCGGCCUGUGGAGGAAGAGGAAUCCCAGACGCAGCAUCCACGCAAGAGGAAGUUCCCCAAACCGCAGGUUCAGCUGGUCAACACAGCCAUGCAGCAGACCAGGGAGAUGAUUCAACAGACGCUGGCUGUCAUUGUCAAUGCCAUCAAACUGGAUGACAUAGAACCCUACCACAGUGACCGCUCUAACCCUUACUUCGAAUACCUGCAGAUACGGAAAAAAAUAGAGGAGAAGAGGAAGAUCUUGUGCUACAUCACACCACAGGCCCCUCAGUGCUACGCUGAGUACGUGACCUACACAGGCUCCUACCUGCUGGAUGGCAAGCCUCUCAGCAAGCUGCACAUCCCAGUGAUUGCUCCACCUCCAUCGUUAUCGGAGCCCCUGAAGGAGCUCUUUCGACAGCAGGAGACAGUGAGGGGGAAGCUCAGACUGCAGCACAGCAUAGAGAGGGAAAAGCUUAUUGUCUCGUGUGAGCAAGAAGUACUGCGGGUCCAUUGCAGAGCGGCAAGGACGAUAGCCAAUCAGGCCGUCCCAUUCAGUGCCUGCACUAUGUUACUGGACUCUGAGGUGUACAACAUGCCAACAGAGAGUCAGGGUGAUGAGAACAAGUCAGUGAGAGAUCGCUUCAAUGCUCGCCAGUUCAUUUCCUGGAUUCAGGAUGUGGAUGACAAAUAUGACCGCAUGAAGACGUGUCUGUUAAUGCGGCAGCAGCAUGAGGCAGCUGCCCUGAACGCGGUGCAGAGGAUGGAGUGGCAACUGAAGGUGCAGGAGCUGGACCCUGCUGUACACAAGUCUCUGUGCGUCAACGAGGUCCCCUCCUUCUACGUGCCAAUGGUUGACGUCAACGAUGACUUUGUGCUGUUGCCCGCGUGACAGAAACAUGCACUCGUUCACAGAGUUAGAGGUCAAAUAUCAUCACUUAUCAAAGAGACAUCAAACAGAACGUAUGGUAAGGGCUAGCCGGUUUGAACAGGAAUAAAACCUAUAUAUUAUAUAGAAAAAAUUCAAAGAAAAAAAAACUUGCUAAUGAUUCUCUUCCAUGAGAGGAGGAAGCAUCUUUUUACCGGGGAAAAACACAACUUGCACUUUCAUCCCUCAAGUUUUUAUGCUUUUGUUCAGAAUAUAAAAAGCAGAAAACGGCUUUGCUUUGAAGCGCCCAACACCACCUCCCUUUUAGGUGAUGUUUGGACAGAGAAUAGGGGAGAAAUAUUUUUCUGAAUUUUUUGGUCCCCGUAAAUGAAACCACAAAGGAACGCUGGAGAGGAGCCCUCCCACCAUUCUGGAUCAUCUCCUGGUGGAUGGGGAUGAGGCAUCACAGUGGACACAGAGCUCCAGGUGAGCCUUGAGGAGGAGAAAGCAGCACAUGGUCAGAAGGGCAUGCAUGCGCGAUGUGGUGGUGUAACAUGUGGCAUUUGCGGGGCCUCCAGCCUCUUCCUGUUGAAAGGAUAGGAGAGUCUGUGUGGACGCUGUCUCUCUGGUCGGGACCAUAAGGCCACACUCAGUCAGAGAGCCUCAGUCCUCUCUGUCCACAGCCCACCACCACACCCGGUAGAACCAGCAUCCUGCCCCGGAGCAGAGCAGAGUACAGCCAAGGGUCCAUAGUGUGUCAGGGGGUUAAUGCCAGAGGUGUAGAGACGGCAUCUUCCGCCUCAUGGCCUGGGCAGAGGAGUGAGGCAGAGAAUGGGGAUGAACCGGAGCAUCCCCACCAGAGUCUGGUCACCUGGCUCUGCAUGCAGGAAGAACCAGCCUCUGACACUCUGCCAAGCUAGGUAGAACACACACACACCUGUUCACCUGCAACUAUGACUGCAAAUGGAAAAACAGGAUAAAAGAAUAAUACAAGAAUGUUGCGAUUCAAAGAUUCAAGACUAAACAGAUGGUGGUUUAGAGGAGAAUAUUCUUCUUUUUGUCUGUUUCUUUACUUGGGCAUUUAAUUGUUUCUGAGGAAGUGACUUGAAACACUACAGAGCCAAUAUUAGUUUAAUGGGAAAAAAGAAAACAGAAAAAAAAUUGUAUUCCGUAAAUGAUGUACAGUUUUUAUAUUCGUUAACCAAUGUAUUCUUGCUGCCUUCUAGAUAAUUUAUUUUGCCACACAUUACUGCACAGUUGUAAAUAACGUAUGUACUGUAACAUCACUCAGUUAAGUGUAAAAAAAUAAAUGAAUAAAAAUGAUCUUUGUAUGUACAGUUCACUUUCGGGCAGCACUUUCCCCCUCAUACCCAUGGGCCAAAAUGUGCACACGUUGUCAGUAUUUGAAAGACUCCAGUGCACAGUUGUAACGUUCCCAUCUAUAGGUUUUGUCCAGGGCUGGUCAAAAUGAGUUACCUGUGUUGGAAUCACCACAACGUACAUAGGUAGUACAAAACCCCACCGUAUUGAACAAUGCCCAAACUAAGGGCCACAACUAUAGUCCUCAGAUGUAGCAAAAUGGUUAUAAAAUGAUUUAAAGAAUAGAAUAGUUAUAUUAGUCAUUGCUUUAUUACACAAUUAUAUCUGAAAAAACUCUAAACCAAGAAAAUGCCUUUUUACAGUGAAUAUUUUUAAUUUACUCAGUGUUGGGCAAGUCAAACAAGGGUGCAUCUGGAUUGGUCAAGAAAGAAAUGCCACUAACAAGAAAAACCAUAACAUUUCUAAUUCUGGGUGGGAUUUUCUUUUUGUCUUUUUCUUUCUUUAAUCUACCCAUUCAUUUGACUUUAAUUGUAUGUGUGGGUCUUUAUGAAUAAUAGUCAUUAUGUUGGAGAACUUUCAGGCCACAAGACUAGGGAUCUGAUAGCCAGCUCAAUAUUUGAAAUCCUUAACUUCCCUUUUUGAAUGUCACUGUCAUAGGCAUCAUAUACAGGUUAACCAUUUUUCAGGCCACAUCAGAUUGACAUGAAUGUUCCUGAUCUCUUCUGUGUACCACCUAAAACUUCUCCUUUUUAGCAAAGAUACAGGCCACAUUCCAUAUUGGUUUUUGAAAUGUAUUCUUGCUUUAAUUAUGGAAUGUGUUAGCUUCCAAACUCCCUGGGUCCAUACGUGAACAUAGAAAUUUCUUUACCUUAAAAAAAAAUAUCUUGUCUCAAAAUGCACAUCAGCCAAUUCAAAUCGUUGACGUAGUUGCAUUUGAUAAAAUGCUAAAUGUUAGCUCUUCCCAUUACAUAACCAGACACACACAGCCCUAUGCUAACCUGACCUGAUGGCAGUGAUUGUCAGGUUACAAAUUAUGCUUCAGUCAAUUUCAAAUCUUGACUUAGAUGGAUGUAAUAGAACCCUUUUCCAUGAGAGCAUCCUUAACAGAGGUCAACCGGCACCAUCUGCUAAUCAAAGUUAUUAAAAAAACACAACGUUUCAACUGGACCAAUAACUCAACGUAGCGAGCCUGGUUCCUGGUCUUUCUUGCCAAUUGCAACUGUCUGCCACUUCUCAGAAUGGUGCUUGUUGAACUUCUAAAAGCCUUUGGAGGUGGGGGGGGGGAUACAAUUGUGAAUUUGGGCUUUACUACUAAAGACCAUAGAAACAAAUUGAAUAACACAUUCAUAAAUGGAAAAACAGACAGUAAAAAAAUGUAAUCAUAAGGAAUAAGGUUUUGAAGUGUCUGUCCUAUAUCUAGGAGAUCAGGAAAUGUAUAUAUAUUUUUUGGACACAUAUUUAACCCCUUUUUUUUGGCACAAAACUACCUCCAUACUCAUUUGUUUUAAAACCAGUACCAGGGUUAUAUGUACCGUGACAGUUGUGGGGGUCAUAGAGCAAAACCACGACCCCAUUGUGUUCUUGAUAGUCUAUUCUUUCCAUAGAGUGGUCAUAUUAGUUAGUAGGCCAACCGUUUGGACGCUAUAGACAUUUUCGCGAGAAGAAUGAUUUUCAAAAUGUCUCCUGGUCUGACAAACAGCGCUGUAGCUCUGCCACCUCCCACCGCAGAUGCGGAAGGCCGACAUAGGCGGAUGCAGUGGAUUGAGAUGCAUCCCAUGCAAAACAACACUUAUCUAGCUUAAACUGGCAGAUUUUUAUGGGGAUUUUUUAAAAUGUUAAUUAGAUUGUCACACAGGUACGUCAAUAGACUUAUUAAGGAUUUGAAUAAAGAUCAAAGCGGAGUCGAUGUCUUGCAAGAUCACUUAAUGAUUCAUUAGUAUUCUACACAGGCCUAACAUACUGACAUCACCAGGCAGUAUAAGUUUAAUAGGCCAAUAAUUUAGUUUUCAGGUUACACAUCCCUCCCAUUAGGCUCCUCCAAUUAGGCCCCUCUUUCCACUCCCAGACAGUCCUAGCAAAGUUCUUGCUGGAGAGUCAACUUUUUUUAUUAGAAGCUACUGUAUUUUUGACCAUUUUAAUUUAAAUCAAUCACAGUAAGGUACUUAAUUGUUACCCAGAUAUUGAGAUAAAAAUGUUGGCAUUAGACCUUUAACAAAAAAAGCUUGACAUGAAGGGGCAUCUAACCGCCUUAGCGGCAUAUGACUCCUCGCAGCGAUGGUAGUAGGGGUACAUGAUAGCUAUUUGACAAGACCAUAAGGCUCUUCAACUUUCUUAUUUUUUUUGUUGCAAUGUACGAUUAACUUAAAUGACCUUUAUCUUUUUCCUGUUAAAGCACACGGAUGUGUGUGAAAAGGAUAAGCAAAAAUGUUUCCAUCUAUGUGAAAACAUGCCUUUGAAUUUUGCCUAGUUAGUAGCUAGUUAGUAGCUAGUUAGUGGCUAGUAGCAGCAUAGUCAAGGAUGCGUCAUGCAAUGUUGGGACGCUAUACUUUACAGACCAAGUGGAACAAAAGUAAACCUUGAAUUUGGAGGCUUACAAUAUCCCUAUGGUGGAAAUGUUGACCUAUAAUUAGAAAUGCCAUUUGGUUGGUGGAUAUAAAGUCUGCGAUCUUUGAUAGACUGAUGUGCAAUUUGUUCCAGGAAAUAAUCGCUGCCAACUAAUCAGGUUAACAUAGGCUAAAUGUGCCAGGUUAUGUAAUGUGGAACAGCUAACGUAACAUUGUCACAUGCAACUAUGUCAUGAUUUGAAAUGGCUGAUGCACAUUUUGAGACAGAGAGAGUUUAAACUCAAACUUUUUCUAAUGUUCGCAAGUAUGGACCCCCUCUAUUUAUCUAGUUUUGUACAGUAGUGGAGAUAUGUUUACAGUAGUAGAAAGUGCUACUCUUCAAAUACUCAAAGGGUGAUCAUACUCCUCUGCGUAACAUAGGUAAAUUGUUUAUUUGAUUUAAAAGAACUAGGUUUGACUUACAUGCCCAUGAAUGAGAUCUUUUUUUUAAUUAGCCUUUUAAUCAAAAUCAUUUUUUGUUCAACUCAGAAAUCCUUUCUAUGACCUAUGACCAAUCACCCAGUUUAUUCAGAACUAUUUAGUGGACAGAUAUUAACAGGCAGGUAGUUUGUUUCACUAUAGCUUCUCAACUGUUCCAAGUGUAGGUGUAUGUAUUUGUCAGGGGUUUCUUUGAUUCAUAUUCAGUAGGCCAUCAUACUUUACUCUAUUGGGUUGUUUACCAUGCUAAGAGUAAGGCCUAGACUAGACAAUUAUUAAACUUUCACCUCAAUUUCAUGAACCAAAAAGCAGACUUAGUUAACUCGUACACAAAGGGGGGAAGAAUGUUGCAAAAGUGAUAGUUAAGGAUGUUCAUGUUUUUUAUCCAAUUGGAAUAUUGAUUUGUGAGAAUUGAUUGUUUCUUCAUUUUUGGUGGGUCCUGAUUUUUUUUAUUUUUUAUGUUUUGACCUACCACAUAGGAUGCCUGUCAGUCAUCCUAAUGGCAAUAUCAAGUGACAUGUUGUGACGUUAUGUACACACGUUCAACAUAGCUGUGUAUGAUAUGUCUAUUCAAGUGCAAUGGGUGUUGCUACUCCAGUGUACGGGCAGUUGACUAGUUGUAGUCCUGGACAUUUUGAAAGAGGGAAAAUCUAGUCAUAAAGCAGUAAAAUCAUACAUAAAUGCCAUAGCACAGGUAGUCAGGGUCAUGUAGACUUCAGCAGUUUGAUUAAAGCCCUCAAUUGUUUUUUUAUUUGAUUUAUUUUUUGCUUUUUUUCUGAGGGGGAGAUUUGUCAACAGAAUUCUUGUGUGUUUCAGAUCCGUGUAUGUAGUGUUGGGUGUUGUCUUUUUGUCUUGUGUUUUAUGCUUCGUACAUAAGAAAAAAACCAGUGGCAUGUCAAUCACUUCUUAUGAGCAGAAUGUAUACCGUUACUACACCCUCACACCCUCAAUAUUGUUUACAAGACAUCAAGUGUGUUUCGGUUUCGUCUCUCUCACCUUAACGGUUUGAGCCCUGCCUUGAUUUCUUUAUUUCAUCAUUUAUUGAACCACAAAGGCUUGAAAUUGUGAUAGUUAAUUACAGUGUCAAAUCUAACCUCGGAAUUCAAAGCUUGCAGCAAACAUACAGAGCAAUAGUUUUAACCUUUUAAAAUAUGUAUUUUUCAUUAGCAUUUAUUUUAAUACAUUCGGUUGAUAAAGACAACAUCCCCUGUGAUUUUUGUCCAGACACUGGUGUCCCUUACACAUGUCCAAAUAUUAUUUCCAAAACACACCAGUGAAGAAUAAUUUCUAUUAGGAAAUGUAACAAACACCUGUCUCAUUCCCAUCUCCCCCCAUACAGUGAACCACUUGGUCAUGCCCUAGAUUACCCUGUGACCUCUCAUCAGUCUGUAACAAGUUACCUCUACUGUGUCCAUCUGAGUGUUAAUUUAAUAUUUAACUGGACAUACUGUUAUAUUGCAUAAUAGAAUCACAAUUUCAAGCCUUUUUCUAGUUUUCUUUUUCUCCUUUAUUGAACAAGACAGUAGCUUAUUCUUUAGAAUGGGAAAUGACUAAUAAAGCAUGGAGAACUACUCUUUAAAUGGUAACAAAUAACAUAUUUAUUAUCUUUCCGACACCUGUGGUAUGUUUCAGUUAAAGGUCUCCGCUGUGUAAAUUUUCCUCCUGUAAUUCGUUGGAGACAUUGUACAUAGUUGUAAAUAAAUAUCCCAGGACGUUUUGCACCCUCCUCUUUGUACUAGUCUAAACUUGCGUAGAAUGUGGGGUUCUAACAGCAACGGGACAGUGCGUUCGCUGCAGGUGAUGUAACAAUGUCACUUUUUUUAUUUGUACAAUGUAGUUGAAUUGUGUACAUAUUGUUGGAGCAGCUAUGGGGGAAGGGGUUUGUUGAUGCUAUCGUCAGUGCUGUAAAAGAUCCAGUACUUUCACCUCUAGCUGUGUUGAUUUCCUGCAAAAACAAAGGCGAGAAAAUAAAAAAUACUAAACGGAGAAGUAAAAAUUCUAAAUUGUUAUUUUCUACAGUUGCAUGUACAGAGAGCGCGAGAACUGCUGUUGUUCCUCAGAGAUUAUGUUCGUAAAUAAAAUUUUGAAAUAUU